AUGACUUAAGGCAUCACUAAUCGAACGCCGUUUCGCUUGUCUUUUCUUCCACGCUCCACGGCUGUUCUCGCUAUCUUAGACUUUUAAUUUAGCUUCUCCGAAAUGGCAAAAGCAGUCAAACUAAAUACUGGUGUGGAAAUGCCCAUUGUGGGUCUGGGCACGUGGAAGUCUCCGGCGGGUAAGGUGGCAGAGGCCGUGAAAGCAGCUAUCGCAGCCGGAUACCGGCACAUCGAUGGAGCCUAUGUCUACCAGAACGAGGCGGAGGUGGGUGAGGGGGUGCACGCCAUGAUCAAGGAGGGAGUGGUCAAAAGAGAAGACCUGUUCAUCGUCAGCAAGCUGUGGUGCACCUUCCAUGAGAAACCCUUAGUGAGACAAGCCUGUGAGAAAACCCUCAGUGAUCUCAAACUGGACUACUUAGACCUCUACCUCGUGCACUGGCCAAUGGGGUUCAAGUCUGGGGGGGAGCUUUUCCCUCUGAACAGCGACGGAGAGACGAUAAGCGACAACACGCACUUCCUCGAGACAUGGGAGGGGAUGGAGGAGCUGGUGGACGCCGGUUUGGUGAAAGCCAUCGGUAUCUCCAACUUCAACAAGGAGCAAAUCGAAGCCAUUCUUAACAAGCCCGGCCUUAAAUACAAACCUGCUAACAACCAGGUGGAGUGUCAUCCAUAUCUCACUCAGGAGAAGCUUAUCAACUACUGCCAGUCUCAGGGCAUUUCAGUCACUGCCUACAGCCCCCUCGGAUCUCCAGACAGGCCCUGGGCUAAACCAGAAGACCCCUCCCUUCUGGAGGACCCCAGCAUUAAAGCCAUCGCAGACAAGCACAAGAAGACUCCUGCUCAGGUGUUGAUCCGCUUCCACAUCCAGAGAAACGUCAUCGUGAUUCCCAAAUCCAUCACGCCUCAACGUAUUCAGGAAAACUUCCAGGUGUUUGACUUUGAACUGACUGAUGAGGAAAUGAAGACUAUAUUGGGAUUCAACAAGAACUGGAGAGCCUGUCCAAUGAAUUGGGGUCUAAAACACAAAGACUAUCCAUUCAACACUGAAUUUUGAGUGGAAAGUAGCCGAUUUUCCACAUCUGCUUUACCCUCCAGACUUUUCCGAACUCCGAUGCGCUCGCUGGCUUUGCGUCGUUGUUCGGGAAAUCUUUAGCUUCUCUAAAAGCUUCGCAAACGCACUCCAAACAUUUCAACUCCAAAAAACGAAGCAUUAACAUGUCGUAUAUACAUUAUAAUUUUUUUAUUCUUCUCUGUCUUUAGAGUUACUGACUACUACAGUAAAUAUCCCAUCACAAUGAGAAAAAGAAUUAAAGCGAAGAAAACCUUUGAUGAAAUGUAAUAAUAAAUGCACUCCUCAUGUAUUCCACUACAAACCUUAAAGCACUUAAAAAAGCUGCUGUGUCAUUAUGACAAAAAACGAGUCACAUGAGUCACUUUUUGGUUGUCAUGUGCUUUAUUUCAGUUACUAAAAUCUCUGCUUUCACUUCCUGUUUUUUUCUGGUUUCAAGCUUUGCAAUAAAAGGUUCUGUGGAA